CCCGCAUCCUCGGCACUCCCGGCGCUCCCGGCUCACCCGGCAUCGCCUCCUCGGCGGCGGGGCUUGGGAGAGCGGUAUAGCUUAGUGUUAUGGGUGAUACAGAAGAAGCUAAAAUGCAGAUAACGCCAGAAACUCCAGGACGAGUCACAAUCCUGAAUCCUUUUGAAAGUCCCAGCGAUUAUUACACUCUUCAGGAGCAGAUUGUUUCCAGUCCUUCAAUCUUUAAGUCAACGAAAUCCUCAUCUACACCAGGAAAAUUCAGAUGGUCUAUUGAGCAGCUUGCUCUAAUAAAUCCUGUGGAAAUAGACUCGGAAGACAUUCGGCGCCAAGGAAUGUAUUUGAGCCGUGCUAGAAUUGAUAAGGAGACAGAAGACAGAAGGCAAAAAGCUAUUGAGGAGUUUUUCACAAAAAAACUCAUCGUUCCUUCUCCUUGGACUGAACAUGAAGGCAAACAAGUUUCUCAGUUUAAUUCAACUAAAUCCAUAGAUAUAGAUAACAUUUCCCCGAUUGGAAGACAGAUGAGCUUGCAGCCUGGGAAAAGCAAUGCUGCUUGUCAGACAGUACUGUCCUUGCCAGUGGAUUUUAAUUUAGAGAAAAUACUAGGUGAAUAUUUUAGAACUGAUGAAUUUGCAGAUCAGUCUCAGGAAAAUCUGAGCUCUUCAUCACUCAGAAGAAAGCUGUUUUUAGAAGAGAAUGGGAAUGUAUCUGCAUGUUUGUCCCCUUCUUUGCACAGUCCAUGUGGUAGUCAGCCACUUGGAGUGCUUUGUUCCAUAGAAUUAUCUCCAGCUCGGUGCAGAAGCCCCCUGGACACAUCUAGUUCAGGUCAGUUUUCAUCAAGUCCUAUUCAGGGAGGAGCAAGAGCCUAUAGUCUAGGAAGUAUAACCAGUCCCCCAUUUUCAGAGGGGUCUCCUGCACAUAUUGGUUCUCCUGCUUUUUCACCAAUUGCUUUUCACAUAAGAAAAACACCACUCUCAGACCAAAGAAAAUUUACAUUUCGUUCUCCAGAUAUUCCUUCUUCCUCAAGUAGGAUGACACCCCCAAGUACAGGAAGUCCUUACAUAGAUGGUUGUUCUCCAAUUAAAAAUUGCUCUCCUAUGAGACUUGGAGCCUGCAGAGGAACUGCCCAAUAUCAGACUUCUGUCAUUAGAAUACCAAUUGCUGUUGAGAAUCAUGAGGAUGAGGAGGACAAGGAAAACGCUUCUCCAGCAGAAGCUCGCUUCCCAGAAAUGGAUAAUGGAAUAAAGGUACAUCGGGAAGACAGUGAUACUUUUGGACACGGUACACAUCUUGUGGUGGCAACUGUGUCUAUUGCACCAGAUCACUCAGAAGGUUGUCAUCAAAGGUUGUCAUCAUUCCAGGACAUAGAAGGCUUAAAGGAAAAUAAUACUGUGGACAUGGCUGAUGCAGCGGAAGUGUCAGAGGAAAACACUUGGAUGAAAGAAACAACAGGCAGUCACAAUACACCAAUGACCAGCUUUAUGACAGGCAUUACUUUCAGUAUUGAAAGCUCUCGCAUGUGCAUGUCACCUCUUGCAGAAAGCAGUGCAAUUCCUUGUGACAACAGUAGUAUUCAGGUGGACAGUGGUUACAAUACACAGACUUGUGGAAACAGCAUUAUGGAUACUGCAGGGGCUGAAAACAGUUGCAAAGAAAAUGAUGUGAACACUAUUGUGUUUCAGAAUAAAUCUCAGCUGCUUAGAACAAAGGAGUGUUCUGUUUUAAGCCAUAAGGACAAUCAGUUGCUGAGAACAAAAUCUCCAGAGAAGCAAUCCUGUUUUCAAAAAGCCAAAACACAUAGCACAGUAUUUGGUCAAAAUGCAACUUGCAGCAUUUCUGCUUGGAAUCAUAACAAUGAAAAUCAAGUUCGGGGAUUUCACAAAAGUGGUAUGUAGUUUUCUGAUGGAGAACUUAAUCUGUGCUUUCUAAUAAAUUUUAUACAUAUGACCUCAAUUACCUGGAUUAUAUAUACUAUUUUGCUUUUCUAAUGCAAAUGUAAUAAACUGUUUGAUAUAUAGUAAGGAAGUUUUUAAAUAAUGUGGGAUUUUUCAGGUCUUAUAUAGAAUUUAUUAGCGUCAUUAAGUGAUCCUUUUUGAAAAUUAAAGUGUCUAGAUUUGGUGCAGAGAAACAACAGUUUUUUUUUUCAGAAUUGUAUUCCUUCUGUGACUAGGGUGGAUUCCAUGAGCAGCCUAAGAUAACUUGCAUAGGAACCAGUAUAACUGCAAAAUCACUUACAUUUGAAGAUUUGUCCCUCCUAAAGGCACGAGGGACAUUCUUCUUUAUGGGAAAGAAAAGUGGAAGGGGUAUUGUUCUGGUUUUGGAUUGCUUUUCUCCAACCACAUAUAUUGUGUGGCUUCAUAAAUACUACCACUAGUACCAAGAGAGUAAGUCACUGGACAGACGUGAACUGCUGGGGUGUGAUGAGAGCAAAUGCCAAGUUUAGUUCUCUUAAAAAUAUAAAAUGAGCUUUAUGUCAAAAGAAGCUGUUUAGUAAUUCUCUAAACAGCUUUUUCCUUGGUUUGACAGAAAUCUGUGAUGUUAGUUGGGUUUAAGUAAAAUGUAUUAUUGAUUACCUUAAAAUUAAAAGCUAGUGUUGUGGCUUUGGUAAUUGUUUUAGUAUUAAACUUGAUCAGCUGACACUACCAGUGUCUCUGAAGAACAACUGUGUCCAAAUUGAUGCUCUGGUACUCUUUGGAAGGAACCUAAGAAGGUGCAAUAAGAUUCAUUGGUCUCAGAAUUAUCACUAAGAAAAUGAUGCAGCCUUUCUUAAUUCCUAGUAUUAUUAUGUUUCUUACAGAAAUUACCAAAAUUAUUAGAUAAAUCCUUAAAAAAUAAUUACCUUUUGCAUGCCAUUUAUUACCAAAAGUAUUAAUACAAGCAAACCUUUGAUCCUUUCAAGAAAACCAUCAGUUAAUUAAAAUGAUGGAUUGAAGGGAGGGGGGUUCAGAAGCCCAGAACUCCCUUUGUAUUAUCAAAUCAGAUUUAGUUGAAUUUGCUUGUAUUUGUUUAAAAGAACCUUCUGGAAUUUAUAAAUGUGAAUAGGGGGAAAAAAAUCCAUAUGGUAAUCUUGCGGCCCUAGUGACCAAGAGGGAAAGAAGAGAUAAGGGAUACACUGAUAUUUCUGGGCUCUGUUUAUGUAG